AUGCGAUCACUCAACACAUCCAAAGACGGUCGCAAUGGUGUCAAUAAAAGCGGCAAAACGUGCGAAACGCCUGUAAUCACUAAAUUUAGUGAUACUCUGAGGAAUGUCACCAAAACUGUGACCAAAUACCCGGCGAAGUCAUGCCAUUCAGCCAUCACUACAUUCCAGACACUGCGCGAAGAGAUACUGAAUGAGAUGAAAGACCCGCUCUAUGCGGGCGUCCAAUGGAAGCGAUUCCCCGAAUUGAAUGACCACUUGAAGGGUCACCGAAGCGGCGAACUGUCGAUCUUCACGGGACCCACCGGUUCCGGAAAGACCACAUUCAUGUCGGAGUACUCACUGGAUCUGUGCAGUCAAGGCGUCAGCACAUUGUGGGGCAGUUUUGAGGUGAAGAAUGUGAGGUUAGCCAAAAUGAUGAUCACUCAGAUGGCGGGCAAAUGUGUGGCUAAGAAUCUGCACGAGUUUGACGUGUGGGCCGACCGGAUGGAGACAUUGCCCCUCUAUUUCAUGACAUUUCACGGCCAGGAGUCCAUCGAUAAGGUGUUGUCGGCCAUGAGUUACUCCGUGGAGGCGUAUGGCGUGCGACACGUGAUCAUUGAUAACAUUCAGUUCAUGUUAGGUAUGUCUCCGAACCAGAAGUUUGACCGCUAUUGGCAACAGGAUCUGGUCAUCGAUCAGUUCCGCAAAUUUGCCACAAGAAACGACUGUCACAUCACUCUUGUUAUGCAUCCGCGCAAAGAGGAGGACAUGAAUGAGUUGAACAACAAUUCAAUCUUCGGCGGCGCCAAAGCCACGCAAGAGGCCGACAAUGUGUUGAUUUUGCAAAAUAAAUGGCUCUCGAUAUACAAGUGUAACAAAUAUAUACAAAUUACUAAAAAUCGUUUCGACGGCGAUAUCGGCAAAGUUCCGCUUUGGUUCGACAAGGAUUCGCUCAGUUAUUCACCAAUCAGUCGACGACUCACUCAUUCAGACACUAAUUCUCAAGUGAAUCAGGAAUUGAAUGAAUUUAAAUCAUUAGAAAAUAUGAGUGGAAAUCAUGUUUUGAGUGCCGAUGAAAGACAAUUAGAUUUGGAGACAAUUAGGCGUCAAAUCGAUGAAUCCGAUGACAUUAGACUUCAAUAG